UGGCACCGAAGCUAAUAAACUUCAUUUCAAGCUUGCUCAUUAUUCAUAGCCUGUCUUAGGACAGAGUCACCGCCAUGACUUUGCUAUCGACCGCGAUUCCCGUCGAGAUUUUCCAGGAGAUCACCUCACCCCUUCUGCGGCCGGACCAAGCAGCACUCGCGCGGACAUGCAAGGCCCUGAACAGACUGCUCACGCCGGUCGUCUGGGGCGACGUUGAGCUGCACCACUACGGCACGCACGAGGGUAUCGACAUAGACGGCGAGGCCGGGUCAGUCGAACAUGGGACUUGGCAGUCCGUGGAGGCGUACCUGGCGGAGGCCGAGGAUGAGGAGGAAUGGCCGUUCAAGAAGCUCAUUUACGAGCCCUCGUCGCGCAAGUAUUCACAGGAAUUUGAUCCUAAGCUCUGGAGCGAGACAAUCAAGAAGCGGAGGUGGCAUUAUUGCCCACCCGGCGUAACCUCCCGAGCCACAGACAACCUCAACAGGAGAAACUUCCAGUACGGCCGAGAGGAAACGUUCGUCAGGGCUAUGGCGAUCGCGUCUAAGGAGCGCUGGGCUGAACUGUCCCAGCACGUGCACUCGCUGUGUAUGUCUGUGGGUGUCGACGACGAGGUGGUGGAGGUCAUCGCAAGCUUCCGAAACCUGCGUUCCCUAGAGCUCGUCGGCCUCCCGCUGGCUAGAGGUCACCCGGCUGCGGCACGGGAAGUCAAUCUUCCCCAUCUCCAAAACCUCAAGCUGCGAGGAUACUUCCCAGCUGCUCUCGCCCGUAACAUCUGUCAGAAUGCAGAGCAUAUCACACACCUGAAUCUAGGGUUGCUGGCAACGCCUACUGACGAUGCAGCCUAUCAAGAUACGCUGCUGAAGGACGAUGACAACCGCACGCUGGUCACUGAAGAGGAGGCCGAGACAUUCAGGCAGAAUGGUGCCGAGGCAAAGGCCCGAUCACUGGUGGCAGAGGGAGGACAGUCAGGGUCUCCUCAAGCUCACGGCGAAGAGAGCGAAGAGGAUGGAGAGGUUUCUGACGACGGGGAAGACGAGGAGGACCUGCCGUGGGCCCUACACAGCCCCAUCUGGCUUCCAAGGUCUCUUGCUCGAGCAUUUUUGAAGCUCACACAUCUCCACCUGGUGAAACCGGCGACGGGGGAGACUGGGGAUUGGUUCUGCUUCGAUCACUUCGCGCACAUACCCCAUCGCUACGAGCAAAUUCUCUGCAUGGAAUGGCUGUUCUUACUUGAGGCAGCUGCCAGUUCGCUCCAGGAGCUUGUGCUCGAGCACCGCAUGCCCCAGGAAGCGGGCGAUACCGUCGGCGAUGGAGACCCGUGGCCCCAGUCCAGGGAGUACGGGAUGCCCACGGGCAUUCGAGGUCCAGCCGCCGACCGCGGCGAUAGGCUCUUCUGCAAGUCCGUACUGCGUUUCAUGCUUGAACACAGCGGGCGUUUCUCUAGCCUCAGAUACCUGGCGCUCCGUGGGAUUCAGAUGUCGGGCCUGAAGACCGACGAGGAAAGCGAUGAGAUCCCAGGUUCCAACGGUGUCGCGGACAACGACGAGGCGCUGCGCAGGGCAUUCCCCAACUGCAAGGUCGACAUAUUCGGUGAUACAUACCCGAUAUUUGUGUACGCCGGCUAUAUCUACCAGUCAUGGCCGGAGAACCGCCAUGAGUGCAACCAGGAUGAGGGGGAUGGCCUGUUGUACGAGCCGUGCUGGUAUCACGACUAUAAGAUGCGGUUCGGUCCUCAAUGGAGGAUUGAGAGUUGAAUUCCCAGGUAGUUCAAGGUGCGCUCAGAGUAAAUCAGCGUGGUUGCGCCUCAUUCCAUUCUAUUGCUACCACAUGAUGGUCAUAGGAAACAGCUUGAACAGUCAAUGAAUCAACGUAAUUUCCCGAC